GAGAGUCCUUCGCAGCCGCUCUCGUUUUCCGGCCGGUACAGAAUCCAUUUGGCUCUGGGCUGAACAAGAGGCGUCGCCCAAUUUUCCUGAUUGGCCAACUCGCUUUCGUUUUCGUCAUCAGGGGUCUCGGGCAUGGAGAGACACCGCGGAAAAUGCCUCGUGAAAUCCGCCUUCUCCCGCUUCAUCAGCAGAUUUUGGACUUUGCCUCGGACCCGGGCUCGGCUGGCCAGGGCCUUCAGGACGCAGAGGAGAAUCCCGCACCAGCAAGUAUUGGGGAAAUACUAGGCGCGUCUCUCCAUUAUUGGAAAUUUCCGGCCGGCGUCAAAGAAGCAUCGUUCGGUGCGCGAAAGCCGCAAAACAGCUUAACGCCGUACCUGCGUCCGCCGGUCGAAAGAUGGGUGAGAGAUUACUACUGUGGCAGGCGCCAGGAUCUCAAGCUCCACUUGGAGAUCCCGUUAAUCUUCGAGCUCUGGCGUGUCGUUCAUUGCCUGAUCGGUCUCCGCCAGUUAUCGUGCCCGCUGGGCUGGACGCCAUUCAAGCCCGCCCGCAGCUGGUCUGGAUCGUGCAGAUCCGGCUCCCAGGACGUGCACGGAGAAUUCCUAGCUCGCUCAAGUCUGUGGGAAGACGAAUUCCUAGGAGUCGAGCGCCUAUGGGCGCGUUCUCACAGCUGCUCUGCUGCAAUGGAAAGGGCUUCACCCAAAUAUACCUUUUAGGGAAAGCGGUUCUCUCAUCCAUUCGCUGGGCUGGACGGCGCGCGCGCUUCUCUCUGGACGGACCCCGAAGAUAGCUGCGGGCAUCAGACGAUCCUCCAGGGAGGGUCCCUCAUCACACCGCUAUCAAGAUCCUCUGUUGGAGUACGGAGAUGGGAAACCAUUCGCUGCCGGGAUGCAGCAGAGUGCUGAAUGACCACACAUCUGAGUCGCUUGACCAAUCUCAUCGUCCUUUGUAACCUGAU